AUGUCUUUGAAUAAUAUUACUAAAAAUAAGUCUAAUAGAGUAAGCGGUGGUGUUGGUACUGGAUAUCACAAUUAUCAAAAUCAUUAUCCUCAACAACAGCAUUAUUCUGGAACUGAUCCUAAUACUACAGGUUAUUAUGGUUCAGGUUUUUUUACAAAACACCAACUACAACAUUCAACCGUUUCAUCUAGGGGAAAGCGUGAACGUAGUUAUGGUUCAUUUCCAAGAAAGAAUCGUUUCGAUUGCGGAGUGGAUACAACUUAUGCACCGCCAAAUAAAAAAUCUAGAACUUAUUCAGCAACCGGCAAGACAGCAGCAAUGAUUCUCAAUGAAUUGUAUCCAGAGUUCAAGGAUGAGUGUUCUUAUAGAACGCUGGUAGUUAACAAGUUGCCACGUUUCGAAUGCAGCUUUGUGGUGCAAGCUAAAAAAUUCUGUGCGGAAGGGUCGAAUAAAAAAGCUGCAAAACAGCUUGCGUGUGAAUUAGCUUUGAAAGAAUUGCGACCCGAUAUAAUACUUGAUGCUUCGGUUUCAAUAUCGGAAACAAAACUUGCGGAUUUUGAUUUCUGUGCACAACAAGCAAACGGAUCUGAAGAAAGCCGAAGAAAAGGGUAUGCAACGUGUAAUUCUCUCCAUGAUUUCUUCCUUCGUAUCUGUAGGGAGAAGGAGCGUAUCAGCAAUGAAAAAUUCAUACCACAGUUCACCUUUAGUGAAAUUCCAACAACGGACAUAGAUGGCAAAUCGUCGAAAAAAUACAAAUGUAUGCUGGUUUUGCCUCAUCAAGGAAAGGUUUACUCUCACGAAGGAUAUGGAAAAUCACCGACCAAAAAUGCUGUCAUUCGUGAAGCACUAGUUGAUGUUUUCGAUGUGCCACAAGAUGAAUUAAAAAUGGUAGAGCGCCGGACAAUGAAUCUCAAGCCAGGCAAACCAAUGCAGGUUUUGAUACAAGCGCUCAAUUUCUACGAUCGUACCAUGCAAGUGGAUGUGGAUACCGUUGACGGAAAACCCGUCCAAGGAAAUAGUCGAUUCAUCUGCCGCAUUACGCUGGAUAAUAAUAAAACCAUUGUUGGUCCACCUCAAGAUAACAAGCAAAAAGCGAAGGAUGCUGCAUGUGAAAAAGUACUCAUAGAAGAGCUGGACCUAACUAUGCCAUCAGAAGAUGUCAAAAUAAAGAAAGCAUCCUCUGUUCUUUCACCUCCAUAUGCUUUACAUCAGCUGAUGUUGAAGCAAAAUCGCAAAAAGAACCCAGACAUAGUGUAUGAUGAACCACAAGAUAUCAGCCAGGCACCCAAUAAACCACCAAUGUUCAAAUGUACUUUAACAAUAAAUGGAACACACAAAUUUGAAGGUAUUGGACAAUCGAAGAAAACUGCUAAAAGUGCUGCUGCUGAACAAGCAUUGACUAAGUUAUUUAAGUUCGACCUCUACGCUGAAAAUGCGCUUGAAAUGAUAUCAAUGAAAAAAUCGAGGAAUGAAAAUGAUGUGCUUUUUUGUACCGAGAUUUGCACUUUUGUUCGCCAGGAGUAUGAAGGAGUAUGCCAUCAGCAAGCAUGUCCUAUAACCACUCAUAUUUCUGCUUUUGUUCUAAUUGCACCAAAUGGUGAAAAACAAUUAGUUGCAAUUGGAGCAGGUCGUAAUGCUGUUAUUGAUGGUCAAAUUUUGAAAGAUGCGCAUGGCAAUGUACUUAUUCACAUGCAAAGUACGGUCUUAGCACGUCGUGCGUUUGUUCUCUUUUUGCAUGGCCAAAUAAAAAAUCAUGAUGCAGAAAACAGUGUUGUCGAACGCUCUCCAACAUCAAAUAAAUUCCGUCUCAAGACUGGUUAUCAAAUUGUGCUAUAUGCAUCGUUCCCACCAAAUCUACGCAGUAGCGGUGAAACACAAAAGUUAUCAUGCUACAUGGGAGGAGCUCGAUUGGAGGAUCCUCCGGAAAUUCCGCAAACUUUCGGUGAUAUCGGAACUUCCGGACAUGUUUAUGUAAUGAGCUUGGCUGAUAAGAUGUUGAAAUGGAAUUAUUUAGGAUUACAAGGAGCACUUCUUUCACAUCUUUUGGAACCGCUAUUCAUCACACAUCUUUGUAUUGGUGUACCUUCCAAUGAUAAAGCCAUUGCACACGCUGUGCUUCUUCGAUUUAGUGAUGUGCGACGAGGUGAACUAAUCGUGAAAUCUUCUCAAAACGGUGUAGUACCUCACGGAGAAAUGUACCAUAAUUGGGUUUCCGGAAUAGGAACCAUUGAACGUUUGGAUCCAUUUACCGGUCGUACAGUAACUGGUUCCCCGUCACGUCUUUGUAAAUCAGAAUUGUACGAAAGUUGGGCACGUGUAGUGGCAGCAAUUAAAGCAGAUGCAUAUAAGCCUAUUUGGAGUUGUUCAGAAGCUAAACAAAGCGAAGUGGUAUAUCAGCAGGCAUUGCAAACAUUCCAUUUGCAAUUGCAUGAAAAUGGAUUGGGUAUGUGGCAGCGUAAGGAACCGCAGGUGGAUGGUUUUCAGUUAGCGUUUUUUGAUGAAUAA